AUGGCCAAGCAACGCCGUUAUGUUUUCGCCCAAGUUGCGCUUGUACUGUUUGGAAUAGUAGCCAUUUUCCUUCUAACUAUUCCCACCAAGGACUUGACCGAACCUCCGGAAUGUAUGUAUGGGAUAGUCUUGGACGCAGGCUCCUCCCACACAGCUAUGUACAUCUACAAGUGGCCAGCAGACAAGCAGAACGGCACGGGUGUGGUCACUCAGCACAGUGAAUGCCAUCCAAAGGGUGGAGGAAUCUCUAGCUACGUGGGACAGCAGGGAGCAGCAGGGAGAAGCCUCCAAAUUUGUCUGGACCAGGCCAUGCAAGAUAUCCCCAGAGCCAGGCACCACCUCACACCUGUCUACCUCGGAGCCACCGCUGGCAUGAGGCUCCUCAAUAUCUCCAGCCCUAUCCAGUCAGCCCAGGUUUUACAGGAAGUGGGUCAUAAAAUCCAGUCCUAUCCAUUUAACUACCAGGGGGCAGCCAUCUUAAGUGGCCAGGAGGAGGGAGCAUAUGGCUGGGUCACUGUCAACUAUCUCUUGGAGAACUUCAUCAAGUAUGGCUUUGUGGGUCGUUGGCUGAGCCCGGGCAGACAGACGGUGGGGGCGCUGGACUUUGGUGGGGCGUCGACCCAGAUCACCUUUGUGACCAAGGAUGAGGUGGAAGACGAGAGGGACAGGAUGAAACUACGUCUGUAUGGCCAUGACUACUCCCUGUACACACACAGCUUCCUGUGCUACGGACGAGACCAGGUGCUCAAACGCCUACUGGCUCACCUGGUGACGGCUCAGGAUCACACAGGGACAGUGGCCCAUCCGUGCUUCCCUGCAGGCUACAGCGUCACCAUGAAGCUGGGGACAUUGUUUGACUCUCCCUGCACGGUGGCCCAGACACCCAGCUACAGUUACAAUCCCCAGGCAGCCCUGUCUGUGAAGGGCACUGGCGAUUAUGAUCACUGCCUGGGCAACAUUACUGAGAUCUUCUCCUUCCACAGCUGCCCCUUCUCCCAAUGCUCAUUUGACAAGGUGUUCCAGCCCAAUGUCAGUGGCAGCUUCAUGGCGUUCUCUGCCUUCUUCUACAUUCACCAGUUCCUACAGACUACUACAGGAAUCCCUGUCACCACCCCUGCCCAACUAGAAGAGGCAGCCCAUUCUAUCUGUAACAUGAGCAUCAAUGAGAUGUUGGUGCUGGCCCCAGAUCAGGAGCCUCGUCUGCAGGACUUCUGUGCUGCCUCUGUAUUCACCAAGGUGCUCUUCACGAGAGGCUAUGGCUUUGAUGAGAUCUCAUUUCCCCACAUUUCCUUCCAGAAAAAGGCAGGGGAUGCCUCUGUGGGCUGGGCCCUGGGAUACAUGCUCAGUCUGAGCAGUCUGCUGCCGGGGGAGAGUGUGGGCCUGAGGAAGGCCCUGAAACCCGGAGCUUGGGCUGCCCUGCUCUUCCUCUUCGUCCUUCUCCCCGCCACCGCCCUGAUGUAUGUUUCCCUCCAAGCCUGCCGCAGGAAGAAGAAAGGAAGCAGUGACACUGCCAGCUAAUCAUCAUAAGGGACUUCC